AUGGCGGGCGAUGUAGUGACUGCUCUCUCGAGGUUUGGUGAAACGCUCACUGACGCCUCCGUUGGUCGUGAUACGAAACUGAAGGUCCUUCGAACCCUGAGUGGUGUCGCACUCACCCUUACCGAGCUCUCAAACUCCGGUGUUGGCCGUGCUGUACGUCGCCUUAAGGCCGAACCCGGUGAACUUGGUGAAACUGCUAAAAACCUCGUCACCAAAUGGAGGGCUCUGCUAGAUGAGCAUAUGAAGCGUGAGAACAUCAUGAUUCCCAACAAAGUAGAAAAACCAAGGAAUUUGACUGGAUCUCUGGAACCGCUAUCUCCAUUUUCGAAGACUAUCAAAAGACACGCCUCUUCGGUAUCUGAGACUCAGUCUCUUGAUGCAUCCUCGGGUCUAUCAUUUGAACAAGCAAUGAACGUGACCAUUACUAUGAAGAAAAAACCCAAGAAGCGAUCAGUAGCUAAGAUGAAAGAAGAGAUGCCAAGCUUCCAUCUUUCUAGGGAGUUUACGCAGGAUAUUCUUUCCUCCCUUUCUGUUUCUGUCGACAGACCUGAUGCGUGUAAGCCCUCACCAAAACCUCAUCCUCCCGCGAUUUCGUGCCCUUCAAAUCAGUUUGAAGACGACGGUGACCUCAAAUUCCACUCAAAAAAAGUUAUUUGGGCUCCACGUGUCAAACGACCAGUCGAACAGGGCUCUUCAUGUUCUCAUUUAUUUAAUGGGAAUACCUCUCUUUAUCAACCCCCCACUCUCGUCGAUGCCUGUCUAUCUGUGAUUGAAAAGAACCUAUCGAUUGUAGAAUAUGUGGGGCAAGUGCCUUAUGAACUCUUUUCCCGCGUUCUGCAAAAUGCUUCGGUGGAGGAUCUUCUUCGCAUUGAGAAACACAAUCCGCAAUUCGAAGGUCUUACGGAUGAACUCUGGAAGAAGCACGUUCAACGAAGAUUCCCAGAGUGUCGUGACCUGAAUCCCCGAUCUAAAGAAACUUGGGCCAAACUGUAUACUCGACUCGAAGACGAGUGCUCCCGUCGACUAGAUCAAUUUAUCAACCGCUCCGCAUCGAAGCUGAGGGCCGAAAAGGAGAGCCGCCGGACCACACUCAUGACUGAUGUCAUCACCCCCGCACAAAUUCGGAAGCGAAUUUCGCGUCAGCUGGACAAUCACCGAAGUCAUGGCCUCUCUCGUCUAGGUCGUUGUCCUACAAAAUUGUCCAACGUUCGAGAGGCAAAGAUGGUCUUCAAACCGCGUAACAUGAGCUACCCGACUCCCCCAUCUUCCGCAGCUGACCGCAGAGAUGCCUUGGCAGCACAGCGACAGUCUGCGUCGGUGCUCGAUAAGUUGCGAAAACAAGUCCGCAAGAGUCGAUAG